AUGGAUGCAUCUUCUCUUGUUAAGAGAGGUAGCUCUACCCAUUAUGCCAAUUUACCGUAUGGAUAUUACGUGCUUGGCGUCAUAGUAUUCUACACCAUAUUUCUUAUUGUCAUGAGAUGGCUGAUACCAUCCAGAUAUACCAAGGUAUCACCAUGGAAAAAUAAGCUAUUACAGAGCAUAAGGACUGCUUCACCAUGUUUUCAUAUGCCACUUCUUUUGCUAUUGGUUUUUGUUCCCUUCAUACAUAAAUAUUCAUUGGUUGCGUACAUCUCUCUUUACCUAAAAAGAUUAGGAAGAUUAUCAUACGUGUUAGUGAUAUUGAACGUGUUGUUGACUUUGAGGCCAGCGAACCCAAUUUUAGGCUACCAUUACUUGGAUUUGAUUCCAUUGCAUAAAUGGCUCUCUAGAUUUGUUACCGUUAUAGGCAUUAUUCAUGGUAUUGGUUUCAUUGUUAAGUGGUCUCUUGACCCCAAAGUGUCGAUGAUAUCCAAGGCAACUAAACUAUUCAAUUUUAUUGGAGUUAUUGCAUUUGUUCCACUAUUCAUCCUAAUGUUUGCUUCCGUUAGAAUAUGGAGACGUUAUAGUUAUAGAUCAUUUUAUGUCAUUCAUCAAUUAGGCCAGUGGGCUAUGGUAUUUUUGGUCCCAAUUCAUGCUAGACCAAGAGUGACAGUUCCCUAUUUCUUUAUCUUAUUGGCAUUGUACAUUUGGAGGGGGAUAAGUUACAUCUACUACUCAACUACUGUUAAUGUGACCCAGAGGGUAAAGGAUGACACAUCUCUUACCUACGUGAAACUUGAUAGAAGUGCUAUUAGGGAUUGGCUUCCAGGCUCCCAUCUGCGUCUUUCGAAAUAUAAGAAAAAGAAUCCAUUGUACUGGUUGAUGCCCACUCAACCCUACACUAUAGCUUCACUUCCAGAUGAGAGCCAAAUAGACCUUAUUAUCAGAGAGAACCUCACUCCAUACGUUGUCGUAGGUGAAUAUACGGUUGUGGAUGUGUACAGUACUGUUCCACCAUCAUUAUUGUAUGAUUCUCAGCGUGUAGCUAUCGUUGUUGGAGGAAGUGGAAUUUCAUUCGGGUUGAGCAUAUUUAAAUACCUGCAAACCAGGAAUUUAGACUAUCUCAAAUUCAUCUGGUUGAUUAGAGAAAGGGAAGAUAUGCAUAUUUUGAACCAUUGUAACUUUGAAACCAAUGACUUGGAAGUAUAUGUCACAAGAAGCUUACCGCCAGAUGAUACUCAAACUAAAUCUAUGAAUGCUAAUGGUAGUUCUGAAUUUGAUGAUAUCGACUUUGAAUUGGAGACAAUGGAUGAGUCCGGUGCUUUGCUGACCAACGAUUCGAAAUCACCAUCGCUUGUGCAUUUCGGGAGAAGGUUGGACUGGCAGGUGGAUUUAGCUCAGUUCAUUGAGUCGCACGCACUUCAAAACAGCUGGCUAGUUUGCUGUGGACCUGAAUCCUUGCUAACUGAUGGAGAAAGAUAUGCAAAACAGAACUACUGUAAUUUUGUUAAAGAAUUUUACGACAUAUAG